AUGCCCAACCUGUCGCGACUGGCCGCCGAGGGCGUUACUUGCAGCAAUCAUCACGCCGUCUUUCCAACAGUCACCCGCGCCAACGUCGCCAGCAUCGUUACCGGCCACCACCCCGGAGCCCACGGGCUGACAGCCAACACGCUGGUCAUCCCCGAGUUUGACCCGCACAGGGCAAUCGGCGCCCUCGAACCUGUGCUGACCGAGGUGGCGACCAGGACCGCAGUCCUCCUGAAGCCAACCCUCGGCGACAUCCUUCACCAGCACGGCAGGGAAUUCAUCGCCGUCGGCGCGGGAACAACCGGCAACGCCUACCUGCAGAACCCCAACGCCGAAACCGGUGGCGGCGCCACGGUCCAUCCCGAUUUCACGCUGCCCCGACACCUGCACCAAGAGAUAACAGAGCGAUUCGGCCCAUGGCCUGACCGCCGAGGGCCCGCCGCGCCCAAGAUGGCCCGUAUCGUUGACAUCCUGACCGAAUACGUGCUGAACGAUAGACAGCCCGCCGCCUCUGUUCUGUGGUUCUCCGAGCCUGACUCGUCUCAACACGCCCACGGUGUCGGCUCCGCGGAGGCCGUCAGCGCCAUCCACGAGGCCGACCGGCAGUUCGGCAGGCUGCUGGACUGGCUGGAUCGAACAGGUAGGACAGCCGAUACCAACGUGAUUGUCGCCUCCGACCACGGCUACUCCACAAUAUCGGAAGUCAUAGACGUCGACUCUGCGCUACAAGAUGCCGGUUUCCCACCUGCUGACCAACGCGGCGGUGUUGCAUUUGCCCCCAACGGCGGGUCUGCCCUGUUCUACGCCACAAGCGACAUCCCGGACACGUCCGCUAGGCUGGCCGAAUGGCUCAUGACACAACGAUGGUGCGGCCCACUCCUGGCAUCCGAGGCGGCUGGAGUCAUUCCCGGCACGUUGCCGUCACACUUGAUCGGAUUGGAAGGUCCCAGGGCGCCUUCCAUCGCGAUGUCCUUCCAUUGGGACUCCACAGCCAACAGCGCCGGGUUCGCAGGCCGCGCCUAUUCCACCAGCCUUGCGCCGGGGCAGGGCCAGCACGGCUCCAUGAGUCCCCACGAGAACCGAAACGUCUUCUUCGCAAGCGGCCCGGCAUUCAGGCGUUCGACCAACAUCGACAGUCCGACCGGAAACGUCGACAUCGCACCCACGGUCCUCCACCUGCUUGGGCUUCCGGAAGACCCUGCAAUGCACGGCCGCAUCCUAUUCGAGACACUUCUUACCGGCCCUGACAACGUCGAAUGGGUGACCGAGACCCAUUGGGCGGAGCGUGAUAUCGCAGCCGGCCGCUAUUCCCAGUCAGUUACCCUGUCAAGGGCAGGGACCACGGUAUACGUGGAUCAGGGAUCUGGUGGCCUGCUGUUCAGUUGA